CGGCAUCUCUCUUCUCCGCUCAGCCCGGUCGUGUCCAACAGCAACAGCAGCCUUAACAACUCGCGCCCCCCGCUCCCCUCAUCGCUCCUCGCCGGACGACUUGCCCACCCUCGAACGCUUCUCGAUGUCUUUCAUCACUCGUAUGGCUCCCCGCAUGGCAAACUCGACUGCCUCUGCCCGCCUGGCUGCCGCCAAGCGCCACCUGAGCUCGUCGACGCCCGCCAUGGCCGUCAACUCUGGCGGCGCAGACGUCGGCAUCAAGCUCAACCCCGACACCGACCACAUCAAGUACGAGAGCGUCGGCAACACGCGCAUCUACAAGCUCAACCGGCCCAAGGCGCUCAACUCGCUUGACUGGGACAUGAUUGCGUCGCUGGCCAAGCAGGGCGAGACCUGGCGCCAGAGCGAGCUCUGCAAGCUCGUCAUCGGCCGCGGCGACGAGCGCGCGUUCUGCGCCGGCGGCGACGUUGUCGGCCUCGUCAAGCUCCGCCCCCAGUACGGCGCAAAGUACCCCCUCGGCUUCUUCAAGGACGAGUACCAGGUCAACUGGGAGAUUGCGCGCCUGGGCAAGCCGUACGUGUGCAUCAUCGACGGCUUCACCAUGGGCGGCGGUGCGGGCAUUUCGCUGCCUGCGCAGAUCCGUGUCGCGACCAAGAAGACCGUCUUCGCCAUGCCCGAGACCAAGAUCGGCUUCGCCCCCGACGUCGGCGGCAACUACUACAUUGCGCAGCUGGACGGCGAGAUCGGCGCCUGGCUCGCCAUGACGGGCCAGGAGGUGUGGGGCCGGGCGGUGUACGAGCUGGGCUUGGCGACGCACUACGUCGAGCCCGAGGCGAUCCCCUCGCUCGUCGAGGCGCUGAGCCAGCUCGAGAACCCGACGCUCGAGCAGCUGAGCAACAUUGUUGCCUCGUACCACGUGGCUGCGCCCGAGGGCGCCGCGCCCUCGGGCAAGGGCAGCCGCGAGGGCCCGUCGCCGAUCACGGGCGAGAUCCGUGCGUUCCUCGACAAGACGUUCGGCCUCGCCUCCAUCCAGGAGGUGUAUGGCGCGCUCGAGGCCGCGCAGGGCGACGCCGCGCUGUCGCAGGACGUCAAGGACUGGGCCAAGGCCCAGAAGGACAUCAUGGACCACCGCUCGCCGACGGGCAUGGCCGUCGCGCUCGAAAACUUCAAGCUCGCGCGCAAGGCGCAGUCGCUCAAGACGGCGCUCGAGAACGACAUGCUCAUGAGCACCGGCUUUUGCGGCACCGACCGCCCCACCCCCGAGUUCGACACGGGCGUCUCGUACCUCCUCAUCGAGAAGGGGCGUGAGCGCGCCAACUGGCAGCCCAGCGACAUCAACGACCCCCGCCUCAGCCCCGCCGAGAUCACCAAGAACUACCUCGACCCCAAGACGCCCCACCUCGCCGAGACGCCCAAGCUCGUCUUCGAGCCUGCCCCGACCUCCGAGGGCGCAGACUCCACCUGGGGCAAGUUCCGCCAGUGGGGCCUGCCCGCCGAGAGCGAGAUCCGCGCCGUCAUCAAGGGCGAGGCCGCUGGCUCGGGUGCGUUCAAGCUCAAGCCCGCCGAGGUCAUCGAGCAGGUCCUUGCCUCCCGUGGCGAGCAGGGCGGUCCCCGUGAGAAGGAGAUCGUCGCCCGCGUCAACGCCGUCAUCGCCGCUCGCACCAAGGCCGACGGCGCCGGCUACCUCGACUGGGUGGGCAAGUAAGCUUGCUUGCUUGGCCUAGCCGAGUUGUAGUAAAACAAAAUGCAUGCAUAUCUAGAGCAGCGGCAGCGGGUCUAGGUCGUCAACUCGUACAAGUAG